CGCAGCCGAUGUAUCCAUGUCCUCUGCACGUUCUAUCAUAUCUGUGUGGUAUGCGGUGUUCUAGAACUACUUUGUCUCGGGAAAAGAACAAGAACUGAUGAAUUGACGGCCCUCCACCGUCACUCGUAUAGAAGCUUGAGACGUUCUACGUCUGCAUUGCUCACACGAGAGAUCCCGUCCUGUGUACUUCCACCAGUCUGCAUCAGGUGGCAAUUGUUUUCUGAAAGCUUGCAGCUGCAUCUGUUUUCCAGGUUUUAUUUUGAUUCAAAAUCAAAAACAAAAAGUAGCGCUUUACUCGUUUCGUUUUGCGUGAGCAAGUGCUCGGCACAAAUUUUGAUUUUCCUUGACAGAUCUAGAAAAAAUGCACAUGCUUAAGCCCUCUAUAAUCAAAUACAAAAUACGUCUGCAACAUUAGAAGUACAGUAGAGAAAAUCUUCUCAGAGUAAAGUAAGGUAAUUGAUGGCCUUAUAGUUUUCGCUUCAAGUAGGCCAAGAACAAAAAAACCAACUGUAGCAUGGGCGUCGUCGACGCGGCAAGGGCGUGGGUGCAAUCCCAGUAUGAUCGCCUUGCUCGAACCGACAGCGGGGACGUCGGAGUCUCAGACUACUUGAAUCGCGAAGGAUACGUGAAGCGGGCAAAGGCUUCGUGGUGCUUCGCUGGAAGUUCGUUUCUCUACUCCGUCUUCGGGCUCUACCUGAUCUAUUGCGCCGAGGUUAUGGAUCGAAAAUGUACUCAUCGCAGCUUUGGCUUUCUGCGCUUGUUUUGAUGCUUUGUUUAUUCCCCUUGUUGUCCAUUUUCACUUAACAUGACGUCCGUUGUUGACGGCGACUUCAUAGCUGCGGCGCUGCUGUUGAGGCACGCGAGAUAUACUUGCUUUUAUGCAAAUUUAGGCAUCGCCCUCGCGUUCGCCCCCCGGUACCGGUUUACUGGACGAGCGCAUACAAUCAUCAUUGAGAUUGAAUCUUGCAAAAAGAAAAAAUCAAAAAUAAAUCAGUUCCCAUACUCGCCGGGCUGUGGUGGUACGAGGGUCUUUUUCUCACGGUACAGGGGCCAAUAUCCUACUGGAACGACGUUUACCACUUCGGGUUGGAUAAGACAGCGUCGUCGGUACUUGAAAAUUUCUUCUGACUCACUAAUUUGAAUUGUAUCGAUGGGUAGGUGGAUGCAUGCCUAAAACUAAAAGACAUGUCACUCUUCUUUUUGUGUCUGGAUUUGGUCCUGGUCUGCGGGAGCAGUUCACGAGAUUUUGGACCCAACUGGACUACUUUUGAAACCUGGGUUGAGCGAUUCUGCGCACCCAAUAAGUGCUCGUGCUGCUAAAGCCAAUAGCAGAGCCCGCGUGGUCGUAUUUUUUCGAUGCACGUACUACAACAUGUAAGUACUCGAAAAGAUAUUAUGUCGCCUUUGGCUGUCGUGAACUGAAUCUGAACGAAUGCCACCGCUUCUUUCAGGUUGAUAGAGCCAGCGCUUUGACGCUGUUUUUCCUGCAGUGCGGCAAGUGGUUCGUCGUGCCCCUGGACUUCCCGACGAACUGGAUAGUUUUUGUGCUUCUCUGGGUGGCGGGAAUCAUCUUUCUCAUCGCAAGCACACACUUUGGGAACGUCUUGACCUGUAGCGGAAUAGCGGAAAAGGAGUGCGGUGGAGCAGUAGUGUCUUCAAAAACAAAAGCUAACACCAGCACCGAGUGGUCCACUGCAAGAAUAAAAACACGAGACUUGUCCGGAAAUAAUGCUCCAAAAGCGCCAGCAUUGGCAGACGAUGAAUCUUCGCUUGUACAAUUGACGGAGGCCGGUCUUGAGAGAAGGGAACAAGCAGACGGAAAAAGAUCAAAGCAAAAGCCGCGAAACCGCACGCCGUCGGGUAAAAAAGCAGCUCUGAGCAACCAACUGACGGUCGGGUCCAGGAAGAACAGCACUGCAUCCACAGUGUCCACCUCUGCCUCAUCCACAAAGAGCACGAGGCUCGUGGCUACGCAAAGCACACCGACCGGAGAGCACGCUCCUUCUUCUACCGGCACGCAGGCGGCCCUAGUGGUCGAGACGCACUUCAAAGCCUACCUUUUCUGGCACACAUUGUGGCACGUAGCGCUCCCGGUUCCCGGAAUACUGACACUAGCGUCGUUCCGAACGGAGUAUGGCCUGCCGGUGUUGCCGACAUGGGCGCUCAGCGAAGAUAUGUUUUCGCAUCUCGUCACCGGGGCCUGGUAGCUAGUAGGUCUACGCAGAAGUGGGUCUUCUGCCAUGACCACAUCAGGACCUCGUGACAUACUAUCAAUGAAUAAUCUUCAUCCACUUCACACCUAACGACUUUUUCACACGACGCACUCCCCGCAGAGUACCAUAAUCGUGGCGACAUCCCAGCUGCGUUUUUGUUUCCGACGCAAAAAGAAGUAAAAGUAGAAGCACAAGCCCUUUGACCCUGAAUGAUGUUUCGCGAGCAUAAAGACAAAUUUUGGUUGGUCCCCACCUGCACCGCCGCCUGUCGUGACCGCGGCUCAUCGUGAUGAUGCAAAAAAUUAAGAGUGGAUACUGCGCCGCCGCUUUCGGAAGUCCAUGUCCAUCUAUUUACAACAAGGAAGCAGUAGAAGCUGUGCGUCCCUCGAGAAGAAGAAUCACUACUUCCAUUUCAAUUUAUCUCGCCCGUCAGAACGAACCCAGAUCUUGCUGAUGAGUAAUUCUGUAAAUAACAACGCGCACUGCAACAACUUCGUCAUGUAGAAGAGGAGUAGUCGAACAACAAGAAAGCAGGAUGCUACUACACACUCCAUGUGCCAUCACGCGCCCUUGUCAUAAGAAUGUACCUAAAGUACGCGUAUCGAGUGACGCCAGCAGCGCAUUGUCACGAAUAACGCUGUCGUCGACUUGAUAGGUUGCAACUCCGGAGCAAGAACAUGAAAUUUCUUUGUCAUCCCACUUCUCUUCAUGGAUUUGGAUACGAAGCGUAAAACGGUGGCCGAUAAAAAAGGACAACUUUCU